AUGCUUCUAAUAAUUAAUGUCACCGUGUAUUGUAUUUGUAGAGGCACGGUGACUAGAUGUGAAAAACAGUCGAUAAAUGAAGAUCCAUACCAACAACGAACAGAGACUAUCCGACAGAAAUUUAAUCAAUCGAAAGUUAUUCAAAAACAAAAAUUCAUGAAGAACAUGACUCAAUUAACAAUUGCUACACUAUGUCAAGCUCUGUCCAAUUUGACACGAAAUCGAUGUGCUCUUGCCGAAAAUUCCAAUACAUGCCGCUGUUUCGGUGAUAUUAUCAAUCCAAUGUCAACAACAGUUGUUGUUAAUUCAAGUUCAAAUAUAAUGUUAAGUGAAACAUGUCUCAUCUUGUUUGUGUUAGCCGUAUGGUUAUCAGCUAUUGGCUUUUGUCUCAAUCAAUAUAAGUCACUUCGCCGUCUGGAAACGCAAGUGCACUAUUGUGUGAGCCGUAAGGAUCCGUUGAACAUAGGUGACAUCAAAAUUGUUGCACGCGAGCAAGAUUCGAUAAUUUACAAGAAGAAACGUUAUUCGACGAUGCCUACUGCACAUAUAAAUCCUGAAGAUUUGAAAUCUAUGCAUUAUGUACAACAAUAUCUACCGAAAUCUUCCAUGAAAACCUUUCCGUCGACGCUUUCAGCGUUGGUCGUCAAUAGAGACGAUCUCACUUCGACAGUUCCUCUUUCGUCGACAACUGGCUUUCAUUCUGCUAUUAAUAUCUCGUUGACAACACACGAUGAAACGUUGGAAGAACAUGCAACAAUAUCAAAUUCGAAUAUUAACUAUGAAUGUAAUCAUCGCAGUUCAAAUACGCCAGAAAUAAUUCAUCAGUCACCAGCCCUCGUAGUUCCGUAUCUGUCGAUUCCGAACAGUUUCCAAACAUCCUGGACGAAUUCUCAACUGUAUGAUGACAGUUGCUCGACUCAACAUCUGUGUGUUCCAACAGCUGGCCUGCGAUCAAAUCGUUUCUCUGCUGGAAAUAUCUCGUUACCUGUCCCACAAAUGACACAACAUAAUCCGCAAAAUCCCGAUGAACAGUUAAUAAAUCCUAAUCUAAUCUCGGCUACCGUACGUCGAAGUCUAUUGGCAUUACAUCGCGAAAGUCAAGAGAAUAUUAUGAUGUACAAGAGAAAAGAGCAGACACAAUCGGAAAACGAUGUUCAUGGUGUGUUAACGCCAUUGAAGACGAAGAUGAAAUCGAAAUUAAAGCAUACGCAUCCUCAACUUCAACAAUCAGCUCGACCGCACGCGAAUACAUUGUCGACUCUACCGAAUCAACUGAAUAAGAACGAGUACGGACAAUUUACCUUCGAAAAUAUCAAUGUACAAAAUGAAUGUAAAGCUUGUCGUCCAUCAAUAGGACGAUCUCCUCUAGAACGAACACAAGUGAUGCGACGAAGUCUGAAAAAUUACCCGAAAUAUUCCACACAGAGUACAAGUGAAAGUGAAACAACUCAAGGAGAAUUGUGUAUUCCAAUCAAUGACGAAAAAUCAACAGAUACGAUCUUGGAAAUAACCGAAAAAUCACCGUAA